UCAUUCUUCUAUUAUCAGUAUACAAAUAUGUAGGUUAAUAAAAAUUUAUCAAAAAUGCCUACUCAAACAUUACUGAAAAAGGUUUCGGGAAAACCGGUUCCUGUACUAAAGUCGAGAGUUUCAACACGACAAUUCAGAUUAUCCAAAGAUGGAGCUGAAGAAACAUCUUCUUCAGAUUUACAACAAUGGCUUAAAAGAAAACAAUCCGUUUGGCAAGCUGAUACUCAAAAUCCAUUCCACGAUAAAGAUCAAUCGGAAGAAAUCAAUCAAAUUCUUGUGGCUGAAAAUCCUCAAUUACCGGAUAAUUUGGUAGAAUUCAGUUUCAAAGAUAAAAACUACGUUUCUGUAGUUCAUCAAGAUCACAAUAUCACAUUAUUGGAAGUAGAAGGAACUAGUUUACAUAUUGAUUCUCAAGAAGCUAAAGAUCAACUCGAAGGAAUUGGUUCAGCUGAAAAAAAUGAAGAAAUUCCAGAAACAAUUGAAUCAAUUAAAGAAGAAGAAAUCGAAUCUAUCAAAGAAGUUGAAGAAGAAGAACCUGUGGAAGAUGAAAUCGAAGAUGAAGAAGCUAAAGAUGUUAAAGAAGAAAAGGAAGAUGAUUUAUUACAGCAGGAAUCAUCGGGGAAAGCGAAAAAAUUAAUGAAUCAGUUUAAUUUUUGUGAACGAGCUACGAUUACUUAUGAAAAUGCUGUUAAGAAUACUGGAACUCAAACCAAACCUCCAACGAGAGCUAAAUUCUCUGAUUAUGCCACUCAGUGGAUUAUUUACGAUUCGUAUCAAGAAGAUUAUGAAAUGCAAGAAAAGGAAAAAGAUCGUGGAAAAAAAGAAAAACCUCAGUCAGCUUCUCAUCGUAAAUUAGAUUUUAGAAGGAAAUCUGUUACAGAAAGAAGCGAUUUUCUUGGACCUAAUUUUGUGAAAAAAGGAUUGAUUUUGGAACGAAUGAUCAAUCAGAACAUGUUUGAUGAUAUUUUACAAGAUUUUCGGUACUACGAAGACCCGUCAGAUGAAUUUCGCAACAGUGAAGGAACUUUACUACCUUUAUGGAAGUUUCAAUUCAACGAAACCAAAAAAUUAUGCGUAACCGAUGUGAAAUGGAAUCCAAAAUAUUUCGACUUAUUCGCUGUAUCAUUCGGUUGCUUCGAUUUUCAAAAACAGUCUUCCAAAGGAUGCUUUUGCUUAUGGUCUUUGAAAAAUCCAUCAUAUCCCGAAUACGUUGUACAUACUGAAAGUGGAAUUAUGACUUUGGAUUUCCAUCCAUCUAGACCAUAUCUAGUAGUAGUUGGUUUGAAUGAUGGUAUAGUUGCCGUAUACGAUUCCAGAUUGCCAACUAAGACUCCGAUAUAUCAAAGCACUCAUGUCGAUAAUAAACAUACUGGUAUAGUUUGGCAGGUAGUUUGGGGAGAAGAUUUAGCUGAGGGUGAAUUAAUGUUUUAUUCGGUUUCAUCUGAUGGAAAUGUGUACAGUUGGAUUCUUAUACAAAAUCAACUUUCACAGACGUUAGUAAUCAGCUUAUCCAUUGGACUUGAUACCAUUUGUUGCAGCGAUAGUCAUGAGAGAAAAUUCAAAGGUUCUGGAACAUGUAUUGCUCUACAUCCUACAGACAGGUCGAUAUUUUUAAUUGGAACUGAGGAGGGUUACAUAUACAAAUGCAGCACAGCUUACCUUUCAAUGUAUUUAUACGCGUAUGAAGCUCAUCAUAUGCCAGUACAUCGCUUAGACUAUAAUAAAUAUUCUCCCGAAAUAUUCGCUUCUUGCAGCGCCGAUUGGAGUAUAAAAAUAUGGGAAGAUAGUCGAAAAGAGCCAUUAUUUGUUUUCGAUACUGUCAGCGCAAUUGGUGAUGUAAAAUGGUCUCCAUAUUCGAGUACUGUGCUCGCUGCUGUCACAUUGGACUGCAAAGCUUAUGUGUUUGAUUUAAAUGUAGACAAAUACAAAGCUAUUUGCGUUCAGACAAUUGCUUCUAAAAAAAUACAUAAAUUAACCAGACUGUCGUUUAAUUGGAAAUUACCUAUUUUAAUCGUAGGCGAUGACAAAGGAACUUCGCAAGUAUUAAAGUUAUCACCUAAUUUGAGAAUAAGACCCAAGAUACCUAAAAAACAACAAGGAAUCGAUCCCCGAGAAUUGGAAGUAUUAAAACUUGAAAAGUUAUUAUCGUUGAUUCGAGAACCGACAGAAUUGUCUAAAACUAACAUUGUUCAAAGUUCGGAUUCCUCUUCACUUUAAUUCAUUUCGUAUUUGAUAACCAUAUUUUUUAUAUGCACUUAGUUUUCGAAUUGAAUCAUCAUAUUGUGCAUAUCAUUUAUCAAUGGAUUUAAUUACAGAUACUCGACACAAUAAAUUAAUGUUAUAAAUUGAUGAAUAUGAUUCA